UUGCAGUGAGUACCUGUGACUUCCCACUUCGGCUGAAAAAAACACAGCCCGGAACAUUCGAAACAUCAGUUGCUCACUCUUAAAAAGACUUUCGGAGUAAUUGCUCUUAAAGCAGACGCCCAGUGCUGGCUCUCUCUCUCUCUCCAUGUGUCUCUCUGUUUCAGGCAAAUCAAUGAGGAUCGUAAUGCUUAUUACUUCUGCAGCUCUCUCUCGCUUUACAAGAUGAUGUUGUGCAUUUCAACUUUUGAAAAUCAAAAAGUGGGAUAAGAAAACAACAAAACGGUGUGACAAGCGUUUGGCGGACAAUUGUGGGUUUCUGCGAGUAACUCAUACAAUCCAAGGAGUGAUGGGGGGCACCAUCAACCUCAUCCCCCUCUCUGAUUGAGAACUUAUUAGUCAUCCCUUUGGUUUAAUGAGACCUAUUGAAAAGACACCGUGGAACAUAUGCAUGAAUCAAAUAUUCCUGUGUUCAUUGAAUCUCUCCAGAAGAGUCUUACUUUUACAUGGGCAAGGAAAGGGGGUCGUGGCUUAACAUUAUAAAGGGUGAUAUUACAGUAUGCUUCAUGGGUUUAUUUAGACUGAAUCUACGGUUUGACAAGCGGCUGUAAAGAAAAAAACAAAAACAAAGCGAAACUCGGGAAGAGCAUUGUGGACCUAAGAAUUUUAGCCUAUAUUUAUCAAAUUUAUUUCUAUUCAUUGCUCUUUUUAAAAGUGGUACCACCUCUUCUCCUGAAAAUGAAACUUUGGACUUUUCCCUGGCUGCUUUGCCUGGUGAUACUCAUCUUAUGUUUUGGAUCAGAGUGCGGGACUGUCCGGAGAAAGGGGAGAUCCAAAAGAGACUUGGUGCGUAUCAGGGAGGCGAGAGCCACCUUUCCAGGGGCUUGUGCCACACGCCUGCCCCGGGGCAAACGCUCAUUGCCCGGCUUGGAACGACGUGUACCUCGCCAGCGCCGGCGCUCCUCCCAGGCGGAGGAGAACUCUCCAGGUCGGGGGAAAGCUGUUUAUUUUACCGGCAGGGGUGACCAACUUCGGCUUAAGCCGGGCGUGGAGAUACCGAGAGGGAAUUUUACGCUGGAGAUGUGGAUCAAACCAGAAGGAGGUCAACGAUCUCCUACGGUGAUUGCAGGUCUGUAUGAUAAGUGUUUCUAUGCCUCCAGCGACCGGGGCUGGCUGCUGGGCAUCCGGGCGGUCAGUGAGCAGGGCAACUGCGACCCACGCUUCUUCUUCUCCUUAAAGACGGACCGUGCCCACAAAGUCACCUCCAUCCACUCCAAUGGCCAAUACCUGCCCAACACCUGGGCCCACCUGGCAGUAACCUACGACGGCCUCUACAUGAAACUCUACGUCAACGGCGCCCAGGUGGGUGUUAGCCGGGAACAGUCGGGCAACGUCUUCAGCUAUCUAACCAAGAAGUGCAAGGUGCUGAUGGUGGGCGGGAAUGCUCUGAACCAUAACUACCGUGGGGCUGUGGAGAGGGUAAAUCUGUGGAGGGAGGCCCGGGGACAGAGGCAGAUAAUCAGGGAUAUGCAGGGUCAUGAGGAUCCUCAGGAUGCGCCUCAGCUGGUGAUCCGGGAGACCUUUGAGCACCCUGCCAGAAAAUGGCUGACUGUGAAGGAUGGCAGCUUCCCCCAGCAAGAGGAGGGUGGCAGCAGCAGGGUGGGACAGGCUGAAGGGGUAGGAGGAAGUGGAAGUGGAGGGUCCUUGGAUACCACCCUGGAAACCCCAACCUGUGGUCAAACUAUCUGCGAUAACGUGGAAGUGGUGACCAAUUACAACCGCACCUGGACCUUCCGGAAACCCAAGACGAUACGAUACCGUGUGGUCAACGUGUGGGACGAUGCUGGGAGCAGGCCCACUGUCAUGCCUCAUCAGAUCCAAUUGCAACACCAGGACCUCAACAAGGCCUUCGCUGUCUACAACAUCACCUGGGAGUUGAGCGUCCACAACGUCACCAACUCCUCCCUGCGCCACCGUCUGGUCCUGGCCAACUGUGACAUUAGCAAAGUGGGCGACGAGGCAUGUGACCCAGAGUGCAACCACACACUGACGGGCUUCGACGCAGGCGACUGUAAGAGGCACCGCAGCCGAUGCCCCGAGUACAAGCAGGGCAACGGGGUGUGCGACCCCGAGUGUAACUGGGACAACUUCUUCUACGACAACGGAGACUGCUGUAACCCCAAUGUGACGGAUGUGACCAAGACCUGCUUCAACCGCUCCUCUCCACACAGAGCCUAUUUGGAUGUAAAGGAGCUGAAAGAGAUCCUGAAUUUGGAUGGCUCCACUCACCUGAACGUCUUCUUUGCCAACUCGUCUGAUGAAGAUCUGGCCGGUGUCGCCACUUGGCCGUGGGACAAAGAAGCCCUAACACAUUUGGGUGGUAUUGUUUUGAACCCCUCCUUCUACGGCACAUUUGGUCACACCCACACCAUGAUCCAUGAGGUUGGCCACAGUCUCGGGCUGUACCACGUUUUCCGGGGGAUCUCUGAGAUUGAGUCGUGUAACGAUGCGUGUCUGGAGACUGAGCCCUCGUUGGAGACAGGAGAUCUGUGUGAAGACACUAACCCCACACCCAAGUACAAGUACUGCAGAGACCCUGAGCCUGGCAAUGACACCUGUGAGCGUCGCCACUUCACACACACACCGUACAACAACUACAUGAGCUAUGCAGAUGACGACUGUACAGACUCGUUCACCCCCAACCAAGUGGCCCGGAUGCACUGCUACCUGGACCUGAUCUACCAGACGUGGCAGCCCGCGUCCAAACCACCCCCUGUGCCCAUGGCGCCCCAAGUGGUGGGGCAGGAGCACGACGCCAUUACCCUGGAGUGGUUCCCGCCUAUCUCCGGCCACUUCUACGACAGAGAAGUGGGAUCAGUGUGUGAUAAAUGCACAGAGGGUCGGGUCCUGCUGCAGUACGCAUCCAACUCCUCGUCCCCCCGACCCUGCGCCCCCUCUGGACACUGGAGCCCCCGCGAGGCUGAAGGACCUCCAGACGUGGAGCAGGCGUGUGAGCCCAGCGUGCGCACCUGGAGCCCCAACGCCGGCAUCGAGCAGGGAGCCGUGGGACUGUCUGAGUGCCCACUGCAGGGCUGCAUGCUCCAGCUAGAAUUCCCCCACCCACUGGUGCCCGACUCCCUCACUGUAUGGGUCACCUUCUUCAGCCCAGAGGAGACGGCCUUUCCCGCCAUCCACAACAUCCUGCUCCUGACCGUGAGUGGAAACAACCUUUCGUUGGGCCCUAGUAACGUGUUCUGUGAUACGCCACUGACGCUGAAGCUGGACGUGGAGGAGGAGGUGUACGGUGUGCAGUUCUUCACCAUGGAGCAGCACCUGGAGAUUGAUGCUACCCUGCUGGCGUCUAAGCCCAACUGCCUGCUGUGCCGCCACUGCAAGCCGCUCCGCCACCGACUGCUGCGCCAGCCACCAUUCUCGCAUGCCCCCCACGGUGUGGUGUUGAACGAACCUACCAGGCGAUACACUGACAGGGAUGUGGUACCAAGCAGUGUGUACACCUACCAGGUCCAAACCAUCUCAGCCCGCAGUGAGAGUGAACCCUCCCCACCCCUCACCCACCAGCUUGGGGCACCAUACUGUGGAGAUGGACGCAUCCAGAGGGCCCAGGGAGAGGAGUGUGAUGAUAUGAACUCCAUGAAUGGAGACGGCUGCUCCAGCCAGUGUAAGAAGGAGCCCUUCUUCAACUGUGUCGAGGAGCCCAGUAUGUGUUACUUCUACGACGGUGACGGAGUGUGUGAGGACUUUGAGCGGGAGACCAGCGUGAGGGACUGUGGCCUGUAUACCCCCAGUGGCUUCUUGGACCAGUGGGCCACAGCCGUGCACGUGUCCCACCAGGAGAGUCUCUACUGCCCUGGCGAGGUGGCUGCCGGCUAUCCUGCUGUCACUAAGACAUGCCAGUCCAAGGUGUUUGACCUGUCUGAUGGGGUUUCCCAGUACGCCUGGUUCCCCUGCAGAGAGGCCCAGCAGUCCUCCUGGUACCCCCAGUACUGGCUCAAGGCCUACUUCUCCCACCCCAUGGUGGCUGCUGCUGUGAUAAUCCACCUAGCUGCAGACGGGACAGGCUACAUCGACCAGACACAGUGCAACAUCACCGUUCAACUGGUGGACACCAAGGAGGUCAUCCACAGCUUAGGUGAUUGGCGUCUGACCUGCAGGACCAACCCCCUGGUAAUCCCAGUGAGCCAUGACCUGAGCGUGGCCUUCUACCGCACCAAGGCCAUCCUGGUCCAGUUCCGCUCCCACCUGGUGGCCAUCUCUGGCGUGGGCCUGCGUUCCUUCCAGUUCUUUGACCCAAUCACCAUUAGCGGGUGCCAGAGCAACGAGAUCUACAACCCCAUGGGUCAAAGUUGUGUCCAUUACUCAUGUGAGGCCAUCGACUGCCAGGAGCCGCUGAUCCGCAAUGCAGAGCUCAAGUGCAGCAGUCUGGGCUUCUUCAACGGAGCUCGCUGCACCAUCACCUGUAACUCUGGCUACGUCCUGCAGGUCCACAGAGACGAUGACAUCAUCAAGACCCAGUCGGACUCAACAGUGACCAUCACCUGUGCAGAUGGAAAGUGGAAUAAGCAGGUGUCGUGUGAGCCCGUAGACUGUGGUCUACCAGACAAGUACCACGUCCACCCAGCCAACUUUAACUUCCCUGAGGGAACUACCUAUGGCAGGAGGAGCACCUUCCAAUGCAGGGAGCCUGCUCAGCUCGUAGGUUCUAACAACACUCUGACGUGUCUGGAGGAUGGUCUGUGGUCAUUCCCUGAGGCACUUUGUGAGCUGCGCUGUCCGGCCCCACCCCACGUGCCCAACGCCAUGCUGCAAACCAAGCGCUGCAACGACACGGGCCUCAAAGUGGGCUCCCUUUGCAAGUACAAGUGCAAGCCGGGCUACCACGUCACCAACAAGCCCAAGAGGCGAGCCUUUAAGCGUCAGUGCACAGAAGACGGCAGCUGGCUGGAGGGGGCGUGCGAGCCGGUGACCUGUGACCCUCCGCCUGCCAUCUUCCACGGCAUGUAUCAGUGCACGGAUGGCUUCCGCUUCGACAGCACCUGCUGGAUCAACUGCCCUGGAGCCAACCACACGGUGAGACCGCUGCACACCGCUCCAUGCAAGCAGGGGCCUAGCACCAAUGUGAUCCGCUGUAGGAAGGACGGCAACUGGACUGGCUCCUUCAAGCUCUGUCCUCAGAGCAUGGGACAGUGCUCUCUACCUCAAAACCUCAACCCCAGCAUACGAGUCAGCUGCAAGAAGGGACAUGGAAUAGGUGAGGAGUGUGAGCUGAUGUGCAAGGACAGUAACAACGACGUGGUGAUCCUGCCUAGCAAUAUGACCGCAGACAGCGUACUCAAAGAGCACUGGAGAAACCCACCCAAAGUCAAGAAUGUAGUGUGUACAAUGGGACUGAAGUGGUAUCCACACCCAGAGGUGCUCCACUGCAUCAAAGGAUGUGAGCCCUUCAUGGGAGACAAUUACUGUGACUCGGUCAACAACAGAGCCUUCUGUAACUACGACGGAGGGGACUGCUGCCACUCCACCGUCAAGACCAAGAAGGUGAUCCCGUUCCCCAUGUCCUGUGACAUACGGGAAGACUGUGCCUGCCGAGACCCCAACGCUCCAGAGAAGAGGAAAGACGAGCACGUCCACUCCCUGGGGUGACCCUCCCUCCUCGCCCCCCACCGGAUUCCUGAACCCUCACCCUAAAACUACCCACACCCAGACCGAGGGAGACCAGCCCUCCCCCUUUUCCCUCAAAUCCUCCACAUGCUGCUUUACAGGAGUACCUCUCCACCCAUACUGCACCCCCCUAACAUACGCCUGUCUCCUCCUUCUCCACAUUGGGAAAGACCUAGAUGAACAGACCAGACUAGAGAGGCUAUAAUGGAAAACCCAUUUCUCAAAGAAAGGAACAAACCUGCAAAUUCACCAACCACCAAAACUUCUACAGCAAGAGAAAAAAAGAAAACAAAAAUACCGAAAGGUUUUUGAAUGAAGGAUAUGAAAAAUGAACAAAAAAAGCUAAACAAACCAAGCCUGGAUAGCAUGCCUUUUUUCAGUUUUGUGUCAGCUUCUGUGUCCAUUUCAAAGACAUUGCCGUACAAUCUCAUUAUUUCCUUUUAGACCAAAGGACAAAAGAAACGCUAUCCAUAUCAUGUGGAAUCUUUUAUUUUUUGGAUAUGCUGAAGUCAUCAAUGGUGGCACUGAAUGACAGGCAGGAGAGCUAUUGCCAAAAUAACUUCUAGCAUGAACACACUUGAUGUACCCUCAUGUUGUAUUACUCCAGAGCUGGAGUGUGUUCCUGGAGCCAGCACAGCACAGGGAUCAGGCUGACAGUUUGUGCCCUCUGCCUUCUCUUGGUGGAAAUGCAUUUUCUUGUUCUUCAGAAAUCACAGGUUUAGAAUCUUUGCUCUUACACAGAUGUGAAAUAGGAAAGAAUGGGCGUUAAUGGGGACAUAGGCGGCCAUAUUGGUAAAGAGAUUCUAACCAGAGAGGUCUAACUCAAUAUAUCUUAAAUAUAACAGGAAAUGAAGACAUAUUGCAAUGCCACAGGAACAAGUGAAUGUGGGAAAGAGGUAGAGUACUUAUGAACUUAAAAGCGAUUAUAUAGGGCUGCAACAAAAUGAACCAGUUGUGUCAGCGUGGCUGCUGCUGGUACGUUUGCUGCUACUUUGCCAUAUGACCGGCUCUGCAGACUAUUACUACCCAGCGAGGUUGGACGGAGUCAGCCCCGUCUGCCGUACCACUUACCUCCUAACACCUUCCAUUAGUGGACACUUGUUUCUGCGUGUUCAGUACACUCAACUUAAAACCGAGAAUAAAAACUCCUGCAACAUUGCAAAGAGUUAGUAGGGAAACAAUGCAGUUGAAUUAGCCUCGAAAAACAUAACACCUCACGUUUCCAUUUCUCUGUCCUUAGUUUCUGCAGUCCAGUAAGUCUUCAUAGACAAAUAACCUAUCGGAGAAUACACCAGAAAUCUAUCCAAUCUUACACCAAAAGCAAUGUUGACGCAAUACAAAAUCCAACACAUAUUACUGAAUUUAAAAUGACUUCAAGAAUGUAAUUGAUAACACAGUUAUAACCUCUUGAAUGUAGUCCAUGUUUAUUCACAACUACACCCUCAAACUGUUUUCAGCAGCAUAGCAUAGCCUUGAUUUCAAUAGGCAUAGUUCAAAAGCACAUACACAUAAAAACAAAUAGGAGGCUUUCCUCAUUUUAGUAUAGAUGGCAUCUGGAUGUAUUCAUUGUCAACAAGUAGCCUUUAGUGCAGGAGUAGUAGAAGUACACUAUAUUCCCAGGACACUAUUGUCUUGGCUUCUCUUGAGCCCAAUGGCUUGACAGACUGCAUGUGUUGAGUAGCCCAGUUUGGCCUUUUCUUACCUCUGCAGCAAUUCGUGCUGAAGUUGCCAUCCCUGGCACUUUGUCAGUAUUGUGACAUUUGAGCGUGUCCCCCCCAUCAACCACACAACCACCUUUACUUCAAUAGAUGUAUGGCUGCUAUUCUGUGCUCUGAACUUACUCAUCUCCUUUCAUAGCCCUUGAACGAAACGCCCAUCAACAUAUGGUGAUGAAGGCUGCUUGGCAUAAGGUCCACAAGUUGCUGCUUCAUGAUUCAACCAUCGCUGGGCUAUCUGGUUAAAACUCUAUAGAACCAAGAACUCAAUACCCCUCGUAAACUCUCUCAUCUGGUAUGGACCAAUGGAAUGGUCCCUCUGACUCAUCACCCUAGGCUGCUAUAAGGCAUUCCAGAAUAUUCCCGUACACCGUUCUGACCAAUCACAGGUCUUCAUAGAUACAGACUGGUUAGAGAGAUAAUAGGACAAUACCACGUCACAUAGGAAAGUAGGGAGGAAUUACAACGUCAAAUGUACAAUGUAACUAUAACAUUUUCAGUGUAAUACUGCUUUUUACGUGAGAAAAAAAACGUAAAAUUGUUCUCUUGUUUUAAUUUUUCUAAUUUCUAUUUUAUUUUUUACAAAAUGUUGUCUUAGUUAAUCAGUAUUUGUAUUAUUGACCUCAGUUACUGCACUUUUUAGUUGCCAUUUAAGAAGAAAAAUAUAUAAUUCAAACCGUUUAGAAGCUGCUAUUGUCAGAAAGGUGAUUUGAUAAAGUGUGUGAUGUUUUUGGUCAUUGGACUCCUACGAUAUUACUAUUAGCUUUCCUGUGAUUAGUGUCUUGUAUUCCCACUAGCUUUGCACCUGAUAUUAUCAUGCCCAGUAGGAAGCCAGUGACAAAUAUGAUUUGUACAUUCAUCGUAGACUUUCUCAGAUUUCGUACCAUUACCAUAUGAUAAAGAUAUUAUUGUAUCAAG